AUGGCGGCGGCUGACGACUUCAGCACCAACCAGAACCAGGCCAGCAGCACCGUGCCUGGUGUCGAAGAUCCCUCUCUGAAGCUUGGCUUCAGCUCUUUACAGCGGCACCCAUUGAGCUUCGAGGAUGGGAAUCUUGCUUUGAUUUCGGAGGAUCACUAUUUUCUCGUGCAUCGAGGUUUUCUGUGUCGACAUUCUGCUGCGCUCAAGGAUAUCAUUCUCAAAUCGGAGGACCAACGCCGUCUUUUCAACCGACCAGUGGUGACGAUCGAUGAGAAAUGGGCGGAUCUAGGGUGCUUUCUGUCGUCUUUAUACGAUGGAGUGACCCAUUUGUCGUCCUCGAUCGAGGAUUUCGCAGUAGUGGCCGCCAUACUUCGACUCGCCACCAAGUACCAAGUGGAACAUAUUCGUAUUGAAAUCCUUCGUAAACUCGCAUCGACUUGGCCUCGCAAUCUGCUUGCUUGGGAUAUCCGUGAAUCCAACGCGACGAGCCUGGGGCUCUACAAGCCUCGCGCUGUUUACCCUCAUCCAAUAAUGGUUAUACCGCUGUUCUACGAAGUCAAGGCUCAUGAGCUAUUACCAUCGGCAUACUACGAUCUCAGUCGCUGUGUGGCUAGCGACAUCGUCAGCGGGUGGAGCUAUCCUGCAGACCCAUCUACCAGUUGGCACCUCGACAACGACUCCAUUCUCACAGUUUUGAGAGGAAAGGAGCAGGCUUCUAGGUUCCUCUCCACUUUCAUUGUCAACGAACUCGAAGGACGCGAACCCAGUACCGGGUGUAUCUACAAAACCGACCCCGACCCGUUGAAACGACGUAUUUGCCCUGCAUCUUUCGAAGCUGUCACCUUUGAAAUCGUCAGGGACUGUAAUGGCGUCGUGUGCCACCGUGUUACUGAUCCUCUGUUCGCCAUCCUGGAUUCGUAUUUGAUGCAGAAGAGAGACAACCCAAUUGGUCGUGGUAAGAUCACGUUCAGGGCUUGUGACUCUUGCAGGGAGGACUUCGCACAUGCUGUUGAAGCUGCUCGUAACAAUCUCUGGCAGAAACUCCCCUCCUGGUUUGGUGUCAAGUUGGAUCUUUGGCCUCAGACCGCUGGUUAUUGA